GUUGGUCGCUUCAGUGCGGUGUUAACUUUCGUGCGGUUCGUUUGCCCAGCAUAACGGAGAAUCGACACACUCAGUAUCCCAUCAGACGAUUUGUGGCAACAAGUGUCCUGCGAGGAUGUGCGUGAGAAGCUCACAGGGCAGUGUGAUUUUAAUUUACUUUGUCGUCCUGCUCCACUUGGUCACCGUGGUCCUGGCCCAAAACGAGGGGAAUAUGUCGGAGACGACGGUGGCCACGGGCGAGGAGUGCGGCAGCACGCAGAAAAUGGUGGACGAGUGCUUCAAGGAUCUGCCGCCGCAUCUGAUGGACUUCCUGCAGAACACGAAAAUCGUCAUCAGUAAAAAGGAGAUCACCGCCAAGUGCAACAUAUUCAACCGUGGCAUGAGGUGCUUCGAUACUUACUCCAAGCGUUGCCUGGACGAUCGAAAGCUGGGCACGUUUAAGAAUAAUGUGGAGGGUGCACGGCGAUUUUUCUACAAGUUCUGCGGCGACGCCGACUUUCAGCGGGACUAUCUGAGGCACAAGGACUGCUUUGCGUACAUCCAACUGGACUGGGUCACCUGCACGUCCGAGUUCGAGAACAUCCUUAGCGAGGAGGUGCACGAUGAGAGGCGCAACGCCAGCGAAAAGUUCCUUGAGUUCUGCUGUGCCCGCUACGCGUACGAGAACUGCAUCUACAACAGUGCCCGCUACAAGUGCUACAAGAACUCGGCGGAGUUUGCCCGCGAGACGGCCAAAAUGCUGUCCGAUGAGAAGCACUUCAGGAACUGUGCCGUCCUCCAGAACAUCUGCGCCCACGACUCCGGCAUGGCAUUGGCCCAGUGGCAUUGGAUGUGCUUCCGCCUGGCGAUGGCGACACCGAUGAUGCUGCUCCUGAUGCGGCUGGUGGGGCAGGGGAUUUGGACGUAAAUCGAUGUGCGGCCAAUCUGCAUAGUUUACUAGUGCGAUGUGAUGUUGCGGCUGCGGUUGUGGUCCGAGUUUGCGUUUUCUUAGUUCUUAUUGGUUCAUUUUUUUUUUGUUGGUUUUUUUCUUUUGGGUUUUGUAGUUGUCCCAACGAGAAUGCCAAGCAUUUGAGCUCCCUUUAGUAACCCAUCGAUAAGAAGCAAAAAACAAAAAAGAAACGAAACUAAACUUCAUCUCUACGUGUCUGUGAAUUUUCCGGUGUCGUUUUUGGGUACGAGAUUGCUGGGCGGGCGGGUUACUGGGUCGGAUAGCGGCACUGGUUUUUGUGUUUUCCGUAUGCUAAGCUAACUUAAAUGCAUAUUUCAAAUAAAGGAAUAUUCACGUUGUA